AUGGGGGUCUGUGGGUCCCUGUUCCUGCCCUGGAAGUGCCUCGUGGUCGUGUCUCUCAGGCUGCUGUUCCUUGUACCCACAGGAGUGCCCGUGCGCAGCGGAGAUGCCACCUUUCCCAAGGCGAUGGACAACGUGACGGUCCGGCAGGGGGAGAGCGCCACCCUCAGGUGCACGAUUGACAACCGGGUCACCCGGGUAGCCUGGCUGAACCGCAGCACCAUCCUCUAUGCUGGGAAUGACAAGUGGUGCCUAGACCCCCGCGUGGUCCUCCUGAGCAACACCCAGACCCAGUACAGCAUCGAGAUCCAGAAUGUGGACGUGUACGACGAGGGCCCCUACACCUGCUCCGUGCAGACAGACAACCACCCCAAGACCUCCCGCGUCCACCUCAUCGUGCAAGUAUCUCCCAAAAUUGUGGAGAUCUCUUCAGAUAUCUCCAUUAACGAAGGCAACAACAUCAGCCUCACCUGCAUAGCAACGGGUAGACCGGAGCCCACGGUUACCUGGAGACACAUCUCCCCCAAAGCUGUGGGCUUUGUGAGUGAAGACGAAUACUUGGAAAUCCAGGGCAUCACCCGGGAGCAGUCGGGGUACUACGAGUGCAGCGCCUCCAACGACGUGGCGGCCCCCGUGGUGCGGAGAGUCAAGGUCACCGUGAACUAUCCUCCAUACAUUUCUGAAGCUAAGGGGACGGGAGUGCCUGUGGGACAGAAGGGGACGCUGCAGUGCGAAGCCUCCGCGGUUCCCUCGGCAGAAUUCCAGUGGUACAAGGAUGACAAAAGGCUGGUUGAAGGAAAGAAGGGGGUCAAAGUGGAAAACAGACCUUUCCUCUCAAAACUCAUCUUCUUCAACGUCUCUGAACACGACUAUGGGAACUACACGUGUGUGGCCUCCAACAAGCUGGGUCACACCAAUGCCAGCAUCACACUGUUCGAGCUAAGUGAGCCUACAAGCUCAUCUUUGUUGCAAGAAGUGAAAACCACAACUCUGCCCCCUGGGAAAGGCCCGGGUGCUGUCAGCGAAGUGAGCAAUGGGACGUCGUCGAGGAGGGCAGGCUGCCUCUGGCUGCUACCUCUCCUGGUCUUGCACCUGCUCCUCAAAUUUUGA